AUGGGCGUCGGGACCUUUACGUCCUUCAAGCCGAACGCUCACACUGGUUGCAAGUACCCGAGCCUUAUUCGUAUACCAGUUAUUGCAACCUUGUGGGUAAACGCUGAUCUUUGUGGUCCAAAUUUGACAUACUAUCUUAUGGAACUCAAGGCCGAUGGUCUGUAUCUGAUGGAAGAGCUUGUCACAAUCAGAAUGCCAUUAUGUAUCAAGGACAUUUAUCUUGCGAGCCUUAGCCAAAUCAAGAAUGUCACCCAUCACUUUUACCAUCAUUGCAAGCAAUCCGAUGCAUCCGCGAUGAUAAUCAUUAGCAAACGCAACAGAGUUAGUCCCACUGCUGAAAACCUUGAUCAUGUCAUUGAAAAGACCAUUGAUCGCAAGCGACAUAAUCAUGUCAAAUAUUGA